AAAAUGGAUACAUAAACAAAAUUAACUCUCUUAGGAACAGCAUUUGCUGGAUUAUUUAGUGGUGCAUCAAUCUAUAUUAAUGUUGUUGAACAUCCUGCAAGAUUAAGCUGUAAAAUUGAUGUUGCACAUACUUAAUGGAUGCCAUCCUAUAAAAGAGCAGCUAAAUGGUAAGCAUCUUUAGCAUUUCUUGGUGGAUUAGUAGGAAUAAUUAAUUAUGCCAAAUUUAAAAAUAAGCUUACCUUAAAAGCAGGACUAUUUCUUGCUUCUGUUAUACCAUUUACUUUGAUAGUAAUUAUGCCUGUCAAUAAAAUCUUAUUGGAUGAAUCAAGAUAAGAAGAAGAAGAGAAAUUAAAAUUACUUAAAAAAUGGGGAUAACUUCAUGCAGUGAGAACUGUAGCUAGUUUAAUUUCUUUUGGAAUAUUUUUGUAUGCAUUGGCCAAAAAAUGAUCAUUAUUUAUAUUUAAUAUUCUUAUUACAUUUAAU